GUCUACUGUACCCCAAGUGAUAAUGCGAUUCGGGCUAAAUUACCAUCAAUACCAGGUGCCGGAGUGGGCGCCACAUUAUGUGCCUUAUCCCUUACUGAAAAGGCAAUUAAAGACGGCUAUCAGAACAGUCUACUCUACAGAAACGCAACCGGAUUUCACAGGUCCGUUACUAUCAUCUGUACCCUAGGAACAUUGUUAACAUUCGUUGAAGACAUAUAUAGCUGUCUUAAGUGUAGCAUCCAUUCCUUCAGCCAGUUUCAUCGCGAGAACUAUGACCUCCUGACGCAAAGGGGUGACGAGCUUCUCCAAAGAUCGGUACCUACGGCAGACGCCUUGAUAUCAAUAGGAGACUCAAGCUGCUACGAGCUAGAAAACAUCCUCAAAGCAGUGCUAGAGCUUCGUAAGGAUUCAGAAAAGUUGCAAUGGUUUUAUCGGGUCAACAAAGAAGCAGUCCGGAGGGUGUAUGCCAAGCUCGAGGAGCUUCGCAGCUCGACCGGACAGACUCAUGGAGCCCAUAAAGUGGAGUGGAUUAAGUUGGAGGCUGAUCAGGAUGCAUCAUGGCUGAAACAUACUGAAAUCCUGAACAAACUGAUGGAAAGCUUCAUCCGAAUCCGCUUUGAUAUGAAGCUCCAUUCAAACACCAAAUCCUGUUUGGACGAUGGCUCCAGCCAUCCCUCUCCUUCCAGUGACCCUAUCAGAGCUUUGAAUCGCGCUGUGGUAGAUGAUGAUGGCCCAGAAUUAUCCAAGUUGCUGGAAGAGACGUACACAUGUAACACCACAACGAGACCGUGCUUCCAGGAAAUCCUCCGUGAUUUAACAGGGCGCUCAGUGGUCUGUCGUUCUAAGCGGGCUGCUACCUUUCUACUCUCAGAAGCAUUUCCCCGAUAUCACAUUACGCUAGACCACAGGAUAUUGAACGAAAUGAUUGUAAUUUUUGGUCGGCAACAAACUUUUGAAGAACACACUGCAUCGAGGGUGUGUUCUCAGUGCAGUUCUAAAUACUAUUGUGGUAAGCCAGAGAGUAACUUGUUCUCCUUGGCCGUUGAACAAAUCGCGCUCAGCGGAAAGGGCAUCUUAUUGGAAAAAGAUGCUUUUGGGCGUCUUCCACUCCAUUACGCUUCAAUGUAUGGUUUGCCAGGUAUCUGUGAAUUAAUAUUGGAUUUGUCUCGAAAGUCGGGUCAGGAGUAUCCCGCACGCCUCAUCAUGUCGUUGGACUCUCAACAAUAUACGCCACUGCACUACGCAGUGAUCAACAACCAUGCACUGGUCACAAAAGCUUUUUUGAAAGCCCUCGAACAAAUGCAGCAAACACAUGGCGAAGCAAAGAACUACGAUUUGAUCAAUAUUCUAAAUGAUCUUCUUGUCAUUGCAGUCAAAUAUCAAUAUGAUGACAUAGUCCUCCUGUUUGCCAAGUUUCCCCUAUAUUCUCAUGGAAAAGCUAGCCAUGGAGAGACAGCUCUUUAUGUUGCAGCUCGCAGUGGAAAUGAAGGAUAUGUGGACAUACUACUUGAGCAUGGUAGGUGCCGAGAUCUUGAUAUCCCAGAGACUGUUCAUGGCUGGACUCCUUUAUUCAUUGCAUGCGUGGAGGGUCAACACGCCGUGGCCAAACUUCUCUUGAAUGCGACAGCAAAACAGGAUAUUCAUGAUUAUUCCGGUUGGACUGCUAAAGAGCAUGCCGCAGUAAGAGGCCAUCUCACUUUAGCUGGGAUGCUCACUUCAUUGGGUACUGAGGACCCUCUCGGCGGACCUGCUAGCAUACUUAAACAGCCAAUUUUUCAAAACACUAUGUCACUUAGGACUGAUUGUCACCACCUGAUCAUUAAUUUGGGUGUCCUACAAAGCGGGAAACAGGUAAAGGCUGUUGAACUCAGGGAUCGCUCUCCGAAGGAGCUCAUCUUUAUGAAUGCUGGUUUCUUGAUGGAAAUUUCAAUCUCAGAGAGGCAAAGCAUAAGCCAGCUUGUAGAAUUGCCUUUACUGACUGAUAUGACCAACGAACCUUUUGUUUUUCCAGUUACAGAUCCAGACAGAGCCUGGAUAUCCUUCAAGUUACUCCACGCUAACUCUACACUUCCAAAGGAACGUAGCCUUGUGGGGGGUGGUACGGCUUUGAUAGGAAACCCCAGCGAUCAUUUUGGGGAAAACCGUGAAAGCCUUAUCAGAGAACGUACCGUUCCUAUACUUGAGAAAGAUACACUUGAUGUUCUGGGGAAGGUCACUUUUACUUUCGUCCUCUCUAAACCAAUAUCCCACCGUGCGGGUCCUUUGGUCAGCCCUCCCGUCACUGAAGAAGGGGUACAGCUAGUUGGUCAUAGAGGCCUUGGACAAAACACAGCCAGCCGCAGCUAUCUCCAGAUAGGAGAAAAUACUAUAGAAUCAUUUCUUUCGGCCUCAAAGCAAGGCGCCACAUUUGUUGAGGUAAGAAUGAUUUGGCUAAAAUGUGAAGCGAACGAGACUAACAACUAUGAUGUGCAAUUAACAAGAGAUCUCGUGCCUGUCAUAUACCAUGACUUUUCUCUGAGCGAGUCAGGAACCGAUAUCCCUAUUCAUGACUUAAGUCUUGAUCAGUUCAUGCACGCAAGCAAUAUCCAGUCGCCACGAGGAGUUCCAGUAUCUGUACUUGGAGAAGCGAAUGCACAACCUAUUUCCACCCAGAAUAUCUCGGCUAAGCGACGAUCUCGAUCAUUAACUAAAGGCCACGAGAGCGGAACUAGGGAAAUUCGCGAUAGAAUGAAGUAUACAGUAGACUUUGUCAACAAGGGAUUCAAGCCUAAUACCAGAGGUGACUUUAUCCAAGAUUCUUUUACGACACUGGGGGAACUGCUUGAAGAACUGCCUGAGUCAAUUGGCUUCAAUAUCGAGAUAAAGUACCCUAGGCUUCAUGAAGCGAUAGAUGCAGGUGUAGCACCCGUGGCUAUUGAAAUCAACACCUUCAUCGACAAAGCGCUUGAGAAACUCUUUUCUUACGGCAACAAAAAACGGACCAUUAUACUAUCCUCAUUUACCCCCGAGAUAUGCAUGUUAUUGGCCAUCAAACAACGGAUGUACCCUGUAAUGUUCAUCACUAAUGCCGGCAAGCCUCCAGUUACGGAUCGAGAAAUGAGGGCCUCCAGCAUACAGUCCGCUGUUCGAUUUGCCAAGAGGUGGAACUUAUCUGGUCUUGUCUUUGCGUCCGAGGCGCUGGUAAUGUGUCCUAGGCUUAUCAGAUAUGUUCAACGAUCAGGAUUAAUCUGUGGAACCUAUGGAUCUCAGAACAAUACACCAGAAAAUGCCAAUGCCCAAGCCGCUGCCGGUAUUGACAUUAUUAUGGCUGAUAGAGUUGGGCUUAUUGCUAAGUCCCUAGAAGGAUAUAAAAAGCAACCAUAA